UAUUUGCGACUUUGUCAUAAUUAGUCGUUGAUGUUUACGUUGUGUCAGCUGGAAAAGUAAACGCAUUGUGAAUGUGCUAUUUAAACCACUAAAUUUGUUUACUUUUAGUUCACUAUAUCUGUUGAAAGUCAGCUGCAGCAGUUUGAAGACGUGUUGUUUAUUAUAUAAAACAUGCAGUUUGUGCCUGGUUAUCAAAACCUUGACAACAGCAUGUUUGGUGAAAUAUCUCCUCCUCCACACCAUACUAGUCUUCCAUCAUCAACAUGGCUGCAUGUGCCCCCAAUGCAUAUGCCAUGGGGGACACCACUAUCUGAUCAGCCCAGCAUUGUCAGGUUCACUGCAGAAUCAGCAGCAGUGGCAGCAGCAGAAGCAGUAGCAUCUUCAACGUUAGCAGGGAUUCAAAAUGAAAUAUACAAUUCAAAUGCUUUCCAGUGUAAGAGGAAGAUUGAGACUGAGGUUGAAAUCCGCCCACCAAAGAAGCACAUUACAGAAGAAAAGAUGGCUGCACAUAUGAGUCAGCUGAGCAUCAGUGGGGACUACAGCCCACCACCAAUAUCUGAAGAAAAGCCAACAACCAGCACUGCUGCUGAAGAUACGACCCUUGGCAGACGGUUAAUCUUGUCUGAUGAGCUGCGUGCAUUGCAGAAUGAGCCUAUAUUACCCCAGUCUCUUGUGUCUAAAUUGGAGAAACCUUCGAUGGCAUUGGUGCUGUGGCAGCCGCCAGCUGGGAACCUGGGUGAGCAGCUGCGCAGUGCUGCACGCCUCAAUGCUUCUCAUGCGGCUGAGGAAAGGCAGCAACAACAACAGCAGCAGCAGCAGCAGCAACAGCUAGACUCCAAUGACAAUAACAACACGCCUGCUGCAGUUGAUCUGAAUACUUUUACGUCACAACAAGGGGAACUGAUUCCUGAUGAUAACUCUGAAAUGGAACUUUGAUGGGUGAUAUGAAGUAUGUCAGGAUACUGGCAAAACGAGGAUGUUUGUGGAUGUUAUUUAAAGUGUGUCAUUAGUCCAUCAAGACAUAAGCACAACAUUAAAUGUUUUUAUAUACAUUUUUAGAAAUAAUGUGAUCAUCAAAAUCCACUUAUCAUAAUGUGACGUGUGAAAUAUAUGUCCAUAACUUAAGUCGUAAGAGUGAAGUUUGAUUGUGUGACAAUAUCAUUAUGAAAUUAAAUGAUUGAAUCUGUAUGAAAGCACACAUAUGUAUAGGGAAUCGUACUGCAGCAUUAAAAAUGUAUUGCACUUUUUGUUGUUUUCAUUUGAAAGUUUGGAAUUAGUUUCUUUCUUGUUUAUUGCUUUUCUUUGUUUUAACACCUUAAUAAAUGACAUUUUCUGGAACAAAAGGCAAACUUAAGUACUUAUAUUUCCAUCAUAUAUGUAGCCUUUUAUUUUGUGUUAAAUUGAUGAAAAUAAUAGGUAAUAGAACAAUCUGUAACUCAUACAGAACAUUUAGUAUUGUUUGUAUCGCACUUUAGGAAUUGUAAUAUAUCCUGUAUGGUUUUUCAUUGUAUAAAUUUAUAAUUCUCCAACAUUCAGACUUAACUCACUUUACUGCAUGCAAAGUGUCCCUCCAAAACUUAAGAUAAUUAUUUAGUUUUGGUAUAGCUGUUUGUACUGAACCCAAGAUGCUAUUUGUUGAUAAAAGAAUGUACAGGGGGGUUGAAUCUGAAUCUAUAACUGUGACUGUCAGCUAUUUGUUUACUGGUGUAUUUUAUUGUUACCAUUAUCAUCCAUUAAAAUGUCAUGAAUGCUUUUGAAGAAACUGAUGCUACUGGGGAAAAAUGGGGAAUAUUAAAGUAUUGCUCUUUAGCAAGAAACUUCAAGCUUAUGAUUGGUUAUGUUGUUCAUAGUUACGGUUAGUUCCUUGCCAGGCAGUCAUCUUUAAUUUGCUAAGAAGAGUUAUACAAACAUUUUCAAAUCACAUUGGAAAACUUUCUUUGCAGCUCUGUGAACAUAUUUUGUGUACUGUUGUCUUUCAUGUAAUAACUGACUGUUCUUUUGUUCUAAGAAUCUUUUGUGUUAAAUUUAUUUAUUUGUGUGCUUUCUCUCUGCUGAUGGAGACUGUUUAUGUGUGUACUACCUGUGUAUUGAUGGAGGAUACGUAUUGUUGAUAUGGAGGAAAAGUUUCUGACACUAUGAAAGGUUUCUUGCAUUACUAAUUAAUACCUGUUAUACAUUAAUUGUUAUGACGUGUGUGUUUGGGGUUCAAAACAAUGGAGUGAAAUGACUUAGAAGUAGAAUAGAAAUUAAUGUAAGAUAAUUUUUCUGGGUGAAGCACCUGUAUUCUGUGCUCACAGAGACUAAUUCAUGAGUGUGUAUUUUGCUCAGCAUUUGCUGCUAAUAAUAUGUAGGUAUGAGUGGUUUAUUUCUGUGUAGUGCUUCAAUAAUUAUGAACUUUAAAACUAUUUGUAGAGCAGUGCAAUUAGUUAAUGAUAGUGACAAAGUGGGAGUAUGACAGUGCUCUAUAGUAUUCUCAGUAUUUUGUUAUGCGUAAAACAAAGCUUGUUUCAGUUAAGGUAGGCUGAAUGCUUCAGGAUUUGCAAAUCUAAUUGCUCCCAUUUAUUCUCAGAAUAAUUUUUCUAUCUCCUUUGACUUACUUAUUUCACUCUUUACAUUCAUGUCGGAUUAAUAUAUACACAAGUGUAGUGCUUGCAACACAUGGUGUUUUGGACAGCAGAAAACUUUAGCUCUUGAUGGUAUAAUCAUGUUUACUGCAGGUAUCCUAGAUGUUAGAGCCAAGCAUAUACAAAUCACUUUCCUCUGUUCCUUGGGAAUGUCUUCCAAGUUGGUUGAAGUCAGUUCCUCUCUCUCUCUCUCUCUCUCUCUCUCUCUCUCCCUCCCUC